AUGAGUGAUAUGGAAAAAAUUGUUGAACAAUUACGAACUGAAGCUAAUAUUAAACGAAUUAAAGUAUCGGUAGCAUGCAAAGAUUUAAUUCAAUACUGUCUAAAACAUGAACAUAAAGAUGUACUUAUACAUGGCUUCGACAAAAGUCCAAAUCCAUUUUUUUUUAGAAAAGGCUCUAUAAAGAACAUCUCGAUUAUGAGUAAUAUGGAAAAAAUUGUUCGACAAUUACGAACUGAAGCUGAUAUUAAUCGAAUUAAAGUAUCGGUAGCAUGCAAAGACUUAAUUCAAUACUGUCAAAAUCACGAACAUAAAGAUGUACUUGUACACGGCUUCGGUAAAAAUCCAAAUCCACAUGCUGCACAAAAACCAUGUGUACUUAUAUAA